AUGUCUCGCUCUCGCAUUCCCUUCAAUUGGCGCUCGCCAUUUCGAUCACGCCCUCCUGCGCUCCACCUGCGCUCCUCCAUCCGGCCCCAGUCCACCGAAGCGAGCGGCAUAUCGCGCCUUGAUCGCCUGACGUCUAAGCUCCCAAAGCGUCUGCAAAAAUACACAAACGGCCUCCGCAAUGCCCCUGUUUCGCAUGUCGUUUCGUUCAUGAUUCUACACGAAAUGACGGCGAUUGUGCCUCUGUUUGGGCUAUUUGCCCUGUUUCACUACACCACUUAUGUGCCCAUCUCGUACAUGACGGAGCAUUUUGGCGAAUACGUGCAAGGAGGGGUAUAUAGGUUUGAGAAGUAUUUCAAGCGAAAAGGUUGGUUUGGCUUUGGGCAGGAGGACAGCAGCACAACUGCACAGCUUACGCCCGGGACCACGACCCAAGACGCACACGUGGAGGACGCUGUGCAGCGAUGGAAAAAUGGAGAGCAAAAGUACAAGAUCCUUGUCGAGGUCGCCUUGGCCUACGCGAUAACGAAAGCCCUCCUGCCUGUCCGAAUCAUUGGCAGCGUUUGGGCCACGCCAUGGUUCGCAAACAUACUCGUUAGAAUCAAGUCCUCACUGGCACGAAGG